AUGUGUAUGAAAGCUACUUGCGCUAAUUGCCAGAAGACCAGCUGGUACGGCUGCGGCAACCACGUCCCAAGCGUCAUGGACAGCAUCCCCGCCGAAGAAAGAUGCACUUGUGAGCCCAAAGUCGAGAAGGAUGGCAAGCAGUAUCCUCCUAAGGCUGCGAGCGCCUGACUAGCCGGCCUUAGCAGUGUCGCAGGCGGACUUUGGAAGAUGGUUACCGGUGGUGGUGGAGGAGAGAAAGAUGGGAAGGGGAAGGGUGAGCUUUGAGUGGCAUUGGUUGUAGAGUGGGUGGGCGUUGAUUUGAAAUGGGUGGGAAUUGGUGGUUGGAGUUUGGUCGAGGGGUGGAUGGAGUGGCGUUGACGGAGAGUUGCAGGUUUUCGACAGUUCAUCCAUGAGAGUAGCAAGGACAAAGAUAGCAAU